CAGGCACUGCUGCUAUUACGCGCUGCCAAAUGGUGCAGUGAGAUCACAGUCCAUGAAAACACAUCAGAGCAAUUUCCCAAAGGAAGCACUUGCGCACUGGAUUCUGUGCUGGAUCUCACUGUUGAUUUUUUUUUAUUGGCUCGCUCUGUUUCUGCUUGCUGUCGGAGCUGGAGGGGCUCAGAGUCAGGACACCGGAAUAUGCCCCCUGCACCUGCUCAUCGGCCUGGACAUCACUGAUUGCCAACAGUCCAGCCUGCACCAGUACCUGGAGGGCAUCAUCUGGGAGCUGUUCUCCCUGACCAGGAUCAGCUGCGCCCAGCUCAACGUUACCCUGAGCAUCCAGAGCGUGGACCAGGGAGGCGAGGUCCUCUUCCGAGCCCACUUCGCCAAGUACCAGCACGACGUCUUGCAGCAGCUGCGCGUGGUGCAUGCCUUCAGGCGCACCUACCUGAACCAGCCCUCCCUGCACAGACUGCUGGAGAUGAACCGAGGCCUGCCAGAGAGUAACAAGGUGGUGCUCCUGUUUACAGACGGGUUGGACGAUGAUGUGAGGAAGCUGGAGGAGAUGUCAGCCGCUCUGCGGGUGCAAGGCCAGCUCGAUGCGCUAGUGACUAUUGCAAUGAACAAUGCUACCAACCUGGAAGAGCUGCAGCUCAUUGAGUUUCGGCGAAGGUUCAGGAACAGCCAGCAGCUGAGCAUGGAGAGCCCCGAGAUUGGCAGCGUUUUGAAUCAAGAGCUGCUGGCUGCGUCGGAGAGGAAGUGCUGCCACCCGUGCCCCUGCACCUGCAUUGGAUUGCCAGUCUUGCAAGGCCCCUUGGGCAUUCCAGGGCGUAAGAGCACGUGCCUGAAGGGGCAGAAAGGAGCCCAGGGCAGGAAGGGCAUCGCAGGUGCUCCAGGCAUUGCUAGGGAGAAGGGCUACCAAGGUGCACAGGUGAUGCCAGCUGGAUCCGCCUACGGGCACCUGCCUAGGACAGUCUUCCUGAGCUUGCACUUGGAGCAUCUACAUUUCCCCUCUGCUGCUUAUGUUCCAGGGGCUGCGAGGGGGAAAACGGAUGUGAUAAUCGAGGAUCUCCAGGAAGGAAGGGCCCAAAGGGCUCCUGUGGAGGCCAUGGAGACCCUGGUGCUCAGGGUGAAAGAGGCGACAAAGGUGCUGGGGGGACAAAGGUUGGAAAGGCCUGCAUGGAUCCAGGACCCCAACUCCCUGGCCUGCCCGCUCUUCCCCACCGAGCUGGCCUUGGUGGUAGUGAUGUCCGCCAAUGUCACUCCCACUGAGUUUGGCCGCAUGAAAGACGCCCUGGCCUUCCUGCUCCGGGACCUGUGCAUCUCCUAG